UGUAGAGGGACUGCCUUUUUUUUUUUUUUUUUGGUGGUGGAGGGUGGGGGGAACGUAAGUAAGUAGAGACAUACUGCACCAUUUCCUGAUUCACUGAGCUCCAGAGGGUUGCUGGCUGUGUGCGGCAGGGGAGGUGCUAAAACUGAUCAGGCAGAAUAAUUUUAUACAUUACUGAAUCAGUGCAGGAAGAACCUGGAGCGACAAAGCAUCAACUCAUCCUCGGACUGCAUUGUGAAAUCCUCACGCUGUCUUCUCCAGCCAUGCUCUGAGACAUUUGGGCAUUUCCUUCACCUCUCACCCACCCACCCACUCAUUCACUCACCCACCAUUUCUCUCCCUCUUUUUUUAAAUCUUUCUUUCUUGCUCCCCACUUCUCUCUUCUCCCCCCUCCCCAACCCCCCAUCGUCAGUUUCCCCCUCCUCCUGGUGUGAAUGACACCGUCUGAUGAUGGCCCUUGUUAUGGAACCUAUUAGCAAGUGGACGCCGAAGCAAGUAGUGGACUGGAUGAAAGGGCUGCUGACUUCUUCUACACACCAGGCAUCAGGUCUUGACGACUGCCUGCAGCAAUACAUUAAAAACUUUGAGAGAGAAAAGAUCAGUGGGGAACAGUUGUUGCACAUCACUCAUCAGGAGUUGGAAGAAUUGGGAGUCACUCGGAUUGGCCAUCAAGAGCUGAUCCUAGAAGCGGUUGAUCUUCUCUGUGCAUUGAACUAUGGCUUGGAGACUGAAAAUUUGAGAACACUUUCCCACAAGCUGAAUGCAUCCGCCAAAAAUCUUCAAAACUUCAUCACAGGUAGAAGGAGGAGCGGUCAUUAUGAUGGACGAGCCUCCCGAAGAUUGCCAAAUGAUUUCCUUACCUCCGUCGUUGACUUGAUCGGUGCUGCCAAAAAUUUGCUUGCCUGGUUAGACAGGUCCCCAUUUGUCAGUGUGACAGAAUACUCGCUGCUGAAAAAUAACAUUGUUCAGCUCUGCUUGGAACUCACUACCAUUGUUCAACAGGAUUGCACAGUGUAUGAAACAGAAAAUAAAAUUCUUCAUGUGUGUAAAACGCUGUCUGGUAUCUGUGAUCAUAUCAUCUCUCUUUCAUCAGAUUCUCUGGUGUCUCAGUCAGCUCAUCUUGAAGUUGUUCAUCUUACAAGCAUCAUGCCCAGUGAAGGUUUGGGAAUGUAUAUUAAGUCAACCUACGAUGGACUGCACGUGAUCACUGGGACAACAGAAAAUUCUCCAGCAGACCAAUGUAAGAAGAUCCAUGCAGGGGACGAGGUGAUCCAGGUCAACCAUCAAACGGUGGUUGGCUGGCAGUUAAAGAAUCUGGUCAAUGCGUUGCGCGAAGACCCUAACGGCGUGAUCUUAACGUUGAAAAAGCGACCUCAGAAUACGCUCGUUUCUGCUCCGGCACUUCUCAAGAACGUCAGGUGGAAACCGCUUGCUCUUCAGCCGGUGAUUCCAACCAGCCCAACGAGCAGUUUCACUACACCAACCAGCACGAUGGGUAUGAACUCCAAAAUGGACAACUCGACACUGCAAGAUGUAUUCAUCUUCUCACCUGUGUCAGGACUCUAUGGUCCCAGGGAUGACAUUGGCCUUGUGUCAUGUGAUGAAAUCAGCAAAUACGGGAUUGGGAAGUCUGCCAUGAAAGGUUCUGAAUCUCCAAGCUACUUCCUGGAACAAGAAAGUGGAAAGUAUUACACGUUAAUUGAAGGCGAGGAUCAUCCCAUGAGUUCUGAAUAUGAAAGAGGUAGAGUGACAGGGGUGCGGAGAAGAGAAAAGACACCCACGCAUGGUGAUCUGAGGCCAGUUUCUAUGCCAACAGAAUACAGCUGGAUAGGAGAUUCAAAAGAGCCAAACAUGUACAAGAGAGGCAGUCGUGAUUCUGAGAACUCGCUCCUACGAUACCUGAGUGAUGACAAGAUCUUAGUGAUCCAAGAAGAACCGUUGACCCAAAAAGAUAACAAGCGUGAUACAGGCCGGCGGUCCAGGAAGAAGGGCAAGAACAGUGGAAGUCCUAAUUAUCCUGUUAGCUCCUCCGUGAUGACUUCGUCUACUAAUGUACGGCUUGAACCCGCUCAGCAGGAUGUGCUAAAUUUCUCCUUAGCUGAAAGCAACACCGUUCCCCUCUAUCACAGAACAGCAGACACUGCCGGAGAUUCUGAAAGGUAUGCCAGCUCUGCUGCUGAGCGCCAAGGAGGUACAGCUAUGAGAAAGUCCUUUCACUACGCUUCCUUGAGGGUCAAGAGCAAAAAAUGGCCCAAAGGCGGUUCUCUGAACAACAGCAGCCGACGGCGGAUUUCCUGUAAAGACUUGGGCCACGGUGACUGCGAGGGUUGGUUGUGGAAGAAGAAAGAUGCCAAAGGUUACUUCACCCAGAAAUGGAAAAAAUACUGGUUUGUCCUGAAGGAUUCUUCCCUCUACUGGUAUACUAACCAAAACGAUGAAAAAGCAGAAGGAUUUAUCAGUUUACCGGAGUUCAGAAUAGACAGAGCAAUCGAAUGCAGAAGGAAACAUGCUUUCAAGGCUUGCCACCCCAAAAUCAAGAGCUUCUACUUUGCAACGGACUGCCUGGAAGAAAUGAACCGAUGGAUGAACCGUCUAGGUUUGGCUGCCAUUGGUUACACACCUGAUGACAAGGAUAUUCGGGCAGAUGAAGCAGAUUAUUGGAGUGAAAGUGACCAGGAAGAUGUUGACAACUCCUUAAUGCUGAAGCAAGAAGGACCCAUUGUGCUUUGUGAUUCCUACCACCGGACCCCCUCGAUGAAUUCUUCGAGUCCAUUCCCUGAGCCCAAACAUGGCCGUCACUUCUCCAGUGAAUCAACCUAUUCCCAUUCGUCUGCAGAAGAAUCCCGACAGGACCCAGCAGGGAACACUCACUCUGCCGGAGGUUCUAGACCCCCCUACAGAGAACGGCGUUCAUGGCAGGAUCUUAUAGAGACUCCGUUGACCAGUUCGGGACUCCAUUUUCUCCAGACGGUUCCUACUGAUUCAGACUAUGUGAACGAGAGAUUCGGGGUGUCCCCGGAGAGGCGGCGACAAGCCACCUUACCCGUCCAGAGACGCCACAACCACGAUCAGGAUGGUCCUUUCCCAUUGGUCGAGUGCUACAAAGGUCAGAGUUCUCACUCCAGGCCCCAGAAGCAAAGAAGUCAAAGCCUUCCACGAAAUCGCGAUGUCCGCAUCAAAGGGCGAGUAAAAACGAGUGGGAUCUCCGAAGAGCGGUCGGAGGAGGAAUUGGCCAUCAAAAAGCCGAGUAACUUGGGUGAAGAUGAAAAAGUAGAAGAACGAAGGAAGAGCACAGAUGGUCUUCACGAACUCUACAAGACUUUGGAACAAGCCAGCUUGUCAGCCUUUGGAGAGCAACGUCCUUCCACCAAGCAGGAAUUCCGGAGGUCCUUCGUAAAGAGAUGCAAUGACCCUGUCAUCAAUGAAAAGUUGCAUCGCAUCAGAGUACUCAAAAGUACUUUAAAAGCCAAGGAAGGAGAUCUGGCCAUGAUCAACAGCUUGCUCCACGAACCUAACUUGACGUCCAAGAAAUUCAAAGAAUGGAAAACAAAGAACUAUGAGUUUUUUCUGGACAUUUGUGAGUACAGCGGUGCUUUGAAAGCCCAGAACGGAGCUUCUGAACUCACCAUUACGGCCUCUCUGCUCUCACACACACAUUCCUUCAUCGAAACCCACGUCUGACCACGCGAGGGAUUGUCGAAGGAGGGCGGAGAGCAACCGGAGGGGUGGAGGGGGGUGGUGGAUGAUCCCUUGUGACAAAACACUGUAACCCGUGUCAAUAAUGUAUCCAGCUAUAUUGUAAAUAGAUUGGAUAAGAAUUUAGUACCAUCGGAUGCCUACUGCAUUGCAUGAUCAGACAGAUUUCUUUAUUUAUUUUUUACUCCCCUUUUCUGGAAUUAUUUUGGGUUAGUUUUCCAAUUCUGCUUUAGUAAGAAGCAGCGUAGAAGGACAAACGGGCAUCAAAUGACACAAAACUGCAGUAUAUUUAUAAAACGCCAGUAUACUUACCCGUAUUAAAAAACAAACAAACAUUGGAGUUUAGUCCACAGGAUUCCUCUUUCUUUUAUAUACGUAGAUAUAUUGCACCUGCUCAUAUCUAUGUAUAUAAAACGGAACGUGAAAGCUGAGGUUUUAUUUUUUUAAAAUAUUUCCAGAUGUCCAUCCUCAUAAAUUUCCCUCCCCUCCUUUUUUUUUUUCCUCUUAAGAGUGGAGAUUUUAAAUAUGAAAAAGAGGGGAGGGGAAGAGUAAAAAAGAAAGAAAAGAAAGGAGUCAUCAUUCCUAGGGAAAGAGGGUUCAGCAUUUCCAAGAAACAACCGGGAUCGUGAAAUAUAAAGAGAGCUUGGCGAAGUCUAGAAACGGAAAAGUUAAAUUUCCCCCCUCACCCCUUUUUUGGCGUGCCUUAAAGUAUACAGCAUUUAUCCAAGAAAACCACUUGCUUUCCGCUUGAGCCUCUCCGGGCUCCAACCGGUACACGCUGUCGAAAUGCUGUGCUAUUUUUACAAAACUGUGCCUGCUUUUCAGAAGAUUGACCCAAGAUGCGUGCGCGAGGGUGUGUGCGCACUUACACACCCGUACGUUAAUAUGUGACAGAGAAGAAAUUAAGGUACAAAAAAACUGUUCGGGAGCAGGAUCGCGCGAACUGCAGCUUCUGCUCACCUUCUGGGCCGUCGCAAGUCGGGGCCGAGAACAUAAAUAAUCCGUAGUUUCUGGAAAUCGGUAGCUAUUCCGGGUGUCAGCAAUUGUCCACUGUGAAUUGAAAGCCAGAAACCUACCGACAGCAAAAUUCUGAUCUUGUCUUUUUUGCAGCCUCAAGACAGAAUAACAAAAAAAGGCGGCCAGACUGAACACCGAUGGCUUUCUAUAUUUACACUGUGCUAUUGAAUAAAGAUCCUCAGAUUUCUGAUUUGAGAACCUUUGCAAUAAAAGAAACCUACAUCC